AGCACUCAAGAACGCAUGCGCAGUAGUACAAGAGGAACAAACAGGCUGUCGGUGUCCACGAGUAAAGAAAAUACACAAUGAGCGUCCAGAGGACAGCGCCACAUGGAGGCGGUGCUGAAAAACUUGGCGAGCACGGCGGAGCUGCUGGCUGUGGCGGCGCGGAGCGGGGAGGUGGAGCGAUGGGAUAAACAAACUCUGACCAGAGCUUUUCAAUGGGCCCGGCAUUGCGAACACCUCUUCUCCAGGUUUCACAGUAACCCCGCGAUAAGGAUGUGUAUGGAGAAGCAGCUGCAGCUCACAAAUCAAGGUUUGCGAGCUGCCUUCGACGGGUACACUGAAGUGUCCUUCUCAGACCUCUCCCGGUGUCAGCACUUGUUGCUUGUUGGGCUGUUGAGAAACCCCGAGCUGCCCAUUUCCAUCAUGAAGAUACUGUUUGACACUACGAGUCCUGUAAACACCAAGCAGAGUGAGUGCCAGGACGUUACCGGCUUCUGCAGCCACAUCAUUCAAUGCAAAUCUGCUUGUAAAGUCCUGAGUCCUCUCACAGACUUGUCAGCUGUUGGUGCUGAUGCUGAGGUGCAGGCGGUGAUGCUGAUGGAGAGGUUGGAUGCUCUUCUGAGCCAAGAGAGUGAAGCCUGCCGAAUAGAACACAUUCUAGACUCUGUCCUCCGGGGAUUUGAAGGAGCACCAGGACAUUUCUGUCUCGUCAUCGCUGCAGCUUUGCUGACGAAGAAAAACUCAGCUGCACAAAGUGCUUCACAGGACUUUCUCUUGGACUGGCUGCAGAAAGAACAACGUGUGCUGCAGCACCUGUGUUCUGCUUUGCCUGCUACACUUAUUAUAGACCUGACCAAAAAACACCUGACAUUUAGAGAUGCAUACUGGGAUUUGCUGAAAAAGUGGGCAUCUGAUAUGGAGUACAGCAUAAGUGAGGGUGACUGGGUUCAAACCACAACAAACCCAACAGUGUCCUUCAACAGACUGACUGAGCACUUUCUGCGCUUGUGUGAGACCUGUCCCUCUCUGAGGAAGGAGGUAGAAAAAGAGCUAAAUGCUUUGAAAAUUUCAGACGGAGACUUUGAUGUCCAAGGUCUGAGUGUGUGGGCAGACCUCCUGUCAGCUUUAAACAAGUCAGUCUAAUUAUUUAGAGAACAAAGAAAUGCCAAAAUGUAGCCAAAUGUCUUAAGUCUUAAUAUCUUAAUGAAAUGUAUGACUAGGGCUAGCUAAUAAACCUCAGUGCUCUUUGUUACCAAAGAAAAUGUGUCCAUAGCGCAGAUUAUUGUAAACUGUGUCAAUGACUCAAAGCUGGAAAUCAGAUUCUUGCUCGGGUUUUCAUGUGAAAAAAGGUAUCGUAACGAAAUGCAGGUAUCAUAAAAGCAUUAGUAUCGAAAAACGUGCAAAAUACACAGAAAAGGCGCACAAAUCCUAAAUGUUGUCCUGUCGUUCACAGAUAUUUAUUUACCAUUAAAAUUCUUGAUGUUUGAUCCUGACACAAAUGUAAUUGCUGACGGCAUUCUAUAAAUGCUCACUUCAGUUGUU